AUGGAUAAUGAUAAUUUAACUAAACAGGCAGAGGAGGUUGAAGCCCUAAGCUCCAUUUAUGGUAGUGACUGGAUCACAGAGAGCGAAGCCUCUAGAUCCUACAGCAUUAAAAUUGAAGAAAACAAAAAUGAAAUAAGAUUGUAUGUGACUUUGCCUGAUGAUUAUCCAGCUCAUUCACCGCCAAGGUACGAAUUAUCUGCUCCAUGGAUGAACAGGAAGGCUAAAGAAGAGCUCCAUAAACAACUGGAUGAAGUUUAUUUGGAAUGUGUUGGAGAAACAGUAAUAUUCCAGUGGGUCGAAAAAAUAAGAGAAGUAUUACAAGCUCUCAAACCAGAAAAUCAGGAGCCACAGCCCAAACCAGCAGCAAUUGUAUCAUUGGAUUUAGCCCUUUUGAACAUUAACUGCCCCGAAAUCACUCAUGGACAAGUGAUCGUUGACAGAAAAAGUAGUUUCCAAGGACAUGCGGCUGAAGUACAUUGUGCUGAGGAUGUUCAGGCCGUCCUAACAAAAUUAAAACAGAAUAAGAAAAUUCUUAAUGCGACUCAUAAUAUAUACGCUUACCGUAUAGAGCGCAAAACAGCGAAGGGCACAACGAUGCUGCAAGAUUGUGAUGAUGAUGGCGAGACUCACGCAGGAAGCAGGAUGCUGCAUCUUCUGCAGAUACUGGACCAGAAGAAUACACUAGUUGUUGUCUCACGGUGGUAUGGCGGUAUCCAGCUAGGACCCGACCGGUUUCGGCACAUUAACAAUGCCACGAGACAAGUGAUAGAACAAGCUGGCUUGUUGAAGAAAUGA